AUGGAAGAGGAAGCCCGAAUCACCCAAAUUUCCGCACUAGACAUCAUUUAUGUACCAGAUCAUUCCGGUCUGACUCUGAAACCAUCAGAAUCGGAGUUUUCUGAUUUAAUUAGAUAUGUAGAAAUUACUUAUGCCGAACACUGGGCUACUCACGGUGGCAUCUUGGUAAUCCCGCCAACACCGUUGAAGGAAAACCAGUCGUUGGUAGAGCAGCUCAACCAGUUGAAAGUAAAUCCCAACAAACAGGUUUACAGACCACCGGCCAACAACACAGUGGGGGUUCACCUUGUGGAGGAAGAAAGAGAGGAGGAAGAUGAAGAUGAAAGAAGAAGUGGAAGUGUUUGCAAUCUUUAUCAAAUUCUUUUUUCGAAGUAUUUGUUGGUGUCCGAGGAAAAACUAAACAUUCCAGGAAUAGACACCGUUGAACUAUUUAUCGGUGAGGCUGGUAGCCUAACAGGUUGGCACGUCGAGGAUUUGAAUUUCGGUAGUGUCAAUUAUCUAGUAUCUGGCAAACCUAAAAUGUGGGUUGAAAUAUCUUACAAAUACCAAAACCAGGUGAGAGCCCUUAUGAAAUUAUCCUAUACUGAUAAUUUAUAUCCUGAUAAACACAAGACUAUGGUUUUGCUACCGCAAGAACUGUUGCUGGCCAACAUUCCAUUCCGGACCCUGAAACAACUACCAGGCGACCAUGUUAUUACACUUCCGGUAGGACUUCAUUUUGUAAUAAAUUCUGGCAGCAACAUAGCGGAAGCAACCAACUAUGUAUCUGAAGACUGGGUGGAGCACCGCAAAACUUUCCCUCGGGGAAACGCUUAA